CCGCAAUCCGUGUGAGUCAGACGCACAGUACUCUUCGGACGCCGUAAGGCAGUCUGCCAUAUCUCGCUCUGGAUAUUGCCAGCCAGAAAGCUGCAAAUCCCACCCUCCCAGCCUUCCACCUCCACCCCACCACCUGCCAUGACGAGAAGCGCGCAUCCAGGUCGAGGCUUGAUCUGAAGCUCACAGGUCCUGCUCGAGGCCCCUCCCCUACUCUCCGACACGUAGAGAAGGUCAGCCAACGCCCACCGUCGUCGCUGACGUCGCUCACCAGGGAGGCUCUCGGCUCAACCGCCACUAAUCGUCUACUUCUCCAACUCCUCGGGACUCCUGAUUCCAGACUAGAAUUGGACCAGUUAUCCGUGCACCAAGCAAGCUAGGUCGACGUUGAGACAUUCGGCGCGUGCUGCCAAUCUUCUUACCCGCGCUUUGCUCCGUCCCGCCAAGCCUUUGCGCUCGCCGAGUCUCAAGCGAUCCCCCGAGGUGUUUCUGAGCGCCUCGGCACGACGGCAUCCCGCAAAUGUCCACGCGGUCAAGCCUCUUCAUCGCCCCACCAACGCCUCGACGCCACCACUCUCCCCACUCUCCCCACUCUCCCCACUCUCCCCACUCUCCCCACUCUCCCCGGUCUCACGGUCACGCGCGCAUCCAUCUUACUCGCUCUCCCCGCCGUCGUUUCACCAAAGCAGUUCUGUUCCGCAGCACGCUAGUACCGUUCCUCGCGCUCGCUGCGCUCACUCUACACCUAGCACCGUCGCUCGUGGCCGCGCAAGGCGCGUUGCCGAGCGGUGUCGUCGCGGGGCCGUCACCUGGGCCGAGCUUCUUCCACUCGCUGCUGCUGUCGCUUUCCCACAGUUCUCGAAACCAGUCGCGUGACCAAUCGCGAAACCAAUCGCGCGAGCAGUCGCCUCUGCGGCGGUGGCUAUGGCUGUCGGAGCAAUCCCUGCGCGUUUCACAACGAGCUGCGCUGCGGUGGGCGGCGCGGUGGUGGCGGCGUGGCGGUAGCGAGCCGGAACAGUGCGCAUGCGCGCAGGAGUUGGGGAGACUGCGGCAAUGGUACCAUGACACGUACAAGCCAGGGAAAGUGGCUGGAGGAAGCAGUGAAGCAGCACAAAGAGCAGCAGGGUCAACCGGGGAAAAAAUGGGGGAGGAAAUGGGAGGGGAAGAGGGAAGGGGAAGGGAAGAGGAGCGGAGAGGGGAGGGGGGAAAGCGGCGGGUGCUGAUGGCGUACAAGUCGUGGCGGGACAAGCUCAAGGACCAGAUGGCCCGGCUCAAGAGCAUGGCCAAGAGCGUGGAGCAGCAGCGGGAGGAACUGCGGGCGGUGAACAGCCAGAAGAUGCAGCUGGACAAGCGCAUCGAUGAGAGCGCCAUCGACUGGGAGGCGCGCCUGCUGCCCAAGGCCGUGAUGGACAGGGCGCGCGAGGUGAUGGCGUCGUGCCACGGCGAUGGCAUGGUGGUGUCGUGGCCCGUGCCCACAUGGAAGGCAUACGCGUGCGAUGCCUCAGAGGAUGACCUGCUGCGCUACCUGGACUACGAGCCGCGCACCAUGUGCCCCGACGACUGGUUCGACUCCCAGGACCUCGUCUUCACCAAGAACUGCUUUGCCCUGCCCGUGCGCCGCUGCCUCGCCCGCACACCGCAGCGCGCCGUGGAGCCCAUGUCGUUCCCGGACUCUCUCUUCAGCCAGCGCGCCCUCAAGGACGGGGCGGUGCGGUGGGACCUCCACCAGUGCAAGUCGUUUGCAUGCCUGAACGCGCGGCUGAUCGGCGACUGCCGCCUGUGCUUCAACAUGAGCAUCGAGCGCAACCGCUGGCAGCGCCACUUCCGCGGCUCGCUCUCCAUCCAGGAGGUCGUCAGCAUGAUGAAGGGCUCGCUCAGGGUCGGGUUGGACGCGGGUGGCGGCACAGGCAGCUUUGCAGCGCACAUGGCACGGUACAACGUGACGCUGCUCACCACCGCCAUGAACGUCGAGACUGUGUCGGGGCGGCGCCAGGGGCUGCCGUACAUGGAGACCAUCGCGCUCAGGGGGCUCAUCCCGCUGCACGCGCCGCACAAGCAACGGCUGCCGCUGUUUGACAACACGUUGGACGUGGUGCACUGUGUGAACAGCAUCAAGUACCUGCCCAUGCACGAGUUCGAGGAGCUGCUCUUCGACUGGGACCGCGUGCUCCGAGUCGGCGGCGUGCUAUGGUUUGAGAUGUUCUACGCGCCACUAGACGAGAUGCCGGUUUACGUGGCGCUGAUCAACGCGCUGGGGUACAAGCGCCUGUACUACCACGUGCUGCCCAAGCCCGACGUGGGCGAGCAGCUGGGCGCGCACAUGUACCUCAACUGCCUGCUCGAGAAGCCCGUCAGGCUGGACCCACCCAAGAAGACAGGCUGGCUGUUCUAGCAUUAGGGAGGUGGUGCGUGGAUGCUCCUCGUGCUCGCACUUACUACAGCUCGGUGCGUACGUGUGCCCUAGCUGCCUGCCCAAGAAGCCUGUCCGGCUGGAUGGACCCCUCAAUGAAGACAGGCUGGCUGUUCUAGUGUGAGGGGGGUUAGUGGAGUGCGAUGGCUGACACACUCACUUGGAUGCAUGCAUGUACCAUAGCUGUCGCCCUCACAUACCUGCGGUGCUCGACCAUCCAAGCAAGACAGGCUGCCUGUGCUAGAGCGUCAGGAAGACGCUCAUGUGAAGCAUCCGCCGUGUGGAGCUGGGCGCACAGGCAUACACAUGUGCCUUUGCCUUCUGCCAGAGAAGUCGGUCCGGCAGGCUCCCUCCAAGAAGCCAGGCUGGCUGUGCAUAGCUGUAGCGCAAUGUGGUGGUGGUGGUGGUGGUGGUGGUGGUGGUGGUGGUGGUGGUGGUGGUGAGGUAGAACGCGAUGGUGCACUAGAAUGAGCGUGGGGCUCUGGGCGCAUUGAUGGACAGCUGCCGAUAGACGACUCAUCUAUUGAACACUAGAAUUACUCAUUUGUGGCCAAGCUGGCUGCACUGGGCUGAACUGGGAAACUUUUAAUUGGGAAGAGCAUAUCAUAUCGGUAC